AUGUCUGUUUUCGCAAACGCAGCGGCUAAUCUGCAGCCGGCAAGGAUCCCAACUCUGCAGCUGUCGCAGAGUGUUUGCUGCCAGGCCCAGCUGCUGCCUGUCUGCCCUGUCGGCCCACGCUCCAGAGACAGAGUGCAGCGGUCCGUGGCCCCAGGUGAGCGCUCGGCCAAAGCCUCUAAUAAAGAUGUAAACCGCAGAGGCGCUGACUUCGGGCUGCAGAACAGCUCUACAGUCCUGCAGCUCAGGACGAAAGACUAUCUGAAGAGCAGCAGCUUCUUCCACAGCUCCUGA